AUGGACAACCUGCUUACCUUCAACCUCCGCGUCCCCGUCGGCGUGCAGGUGGUCUCCCACCUGAUCAGCGAAAACACCCUCCUCGAGCAAUUCAUGCUCAUCCUCAGCUCCACCGUCAGCGGCUGCAAGUUCGACAAGCACCGCAAGGAGAUCGAGGCCCUGGCGCUGCAGCUACAGUCCGCCAGCCGCAUGGAGCUGCAGGGCGCGCUCGCCCUGUACGCGGGGAAAGUCGCCGAGCAGGUGCUGGCGAACUUUGUGCCGGAGGUGUCGCGGAUUCUAGGCAAGGAAAAGGGGACCCCCGUCAUCGAUCCUCCGCCUCCGCCUUCCCCUCCAUCUCCACCCCAGACCCCGGAGGAACAGCAACAGCAAGAAACCCAGAAGCAGCUCUCCGACUUCGCGGCCAAGAACCUCGCCGGCUUUCCCCAGUUCUCCCCGCAGAAGAUCCAGGACAUCACCUCCCAGGCUGCGGAGAGCAUCCACGCCAUCGCGGCCAAGUCGCACAUCCCCGAACCCCUCAUCCCCAAGGCCGCACAGUUGGCGUUCUACGACUUCACCGUCCUAUACGAUGACAGCGUCUCCAUGGGCACCGAACCAACCCGCAUCCCGACCACCCAGCAAACAAUCCGCGGCCUCUACAAGGCCGCCAAGCUGCUCAACCCGAGAAACCACUUCUCGCUCCGCUCCUUCGAAGGCGCAGAUUUCGACGACGUCGCCUCGGAGAAAGACCUUGCCGACCUCAUCGCAGCCAUGACCUUCGACACCGGCGCCAACGUCGCCGGCCCGCUCAAGCAGAAGGUGCUCGAUCCGCUGAGCGCCGCGGCCGCGGGCGGAUCGCUCAGACCCACCGUCGUGGUGAUUAUCACGGACGGGGAUCUCGGAAGCAGCGUCGCCGACUUCGCGGCCAGCGUCACCGGGUUCAAGGCGAAGGUCGAGAAGGCGGCGCCUGGGCCGGCGGUGCUGUUCCUGCUCUGUCGGGUGGGGACGGAUGAGGACGCGGCGGCGUCGCUGAAGGUGUUGGAUUCGACGCCGGGAGUGAAGGAUCUGAUCCUGUAUGCGGAGGAGUCGAUUGAUACGAAGUUGGCGGCGGCGGGUGGCGAUGUCGAUACCUAUGUGGGCGUGGUGAUUCAGGAUCUGGUCAAGGCGAUGGACUUGCAGGUUGUGGCUUGA